UGCAAUGUUUUGCUCAACAAAUGCAAGACUUUUAAAUGCAUUGAAUGCGUGACAGUCUGUCAGACAUGAGUCACCACCAGAUGCCCGAAGACCAACAAUUGAGACAAUACUUCGCGGCCGUCGACAAAGACCGAAGUGGUCUCAUAAACGGCGCCGAACUUCAGUCGGCCCUCUCUAACGGCACGUUCAACGCCUUCAACUUAGACACUGUGCAUCUCAUGAUAUCCAUGUUCGACACCAACAAGAAGGGAACCAUCAGUUUGGAGGAAUUCGGUCGUUUGUGGCGAUAUAUCACCGAUUGGCUCAACUGUUUCCGAUCCUUUGAUGCGGACAACUCGGGAUCAAUUGACGCCAAAGAAUUAGCGACAGCUUUACAGUCUUUCGGCUAUCGCUUCUCUCCCGAGUUCUACACGAGUCUGACGACCAGAUUCGAGGGUCGCAUCCAUUUCGAUGACUUUUUAAAGAUAUGCAUUCAUUUGCAGUCUUUAACGCAAGAGUUCCGCAAAUACGACACCGAUUUGGACGGCGUUAUCACCGUUUCCUACGAACAGUUCAUUUCUCUGGUCUUUGCCAUUGUUUUGCGAAGACAUUGAAAAUGAAUUCAAAACCAAAUGUCAAAUGAAUUGUUUUUAUAUAAGGAAAUGUUUCGAUGCUUUCAUUCAUUGC